CUUAGUAUAAUUAGCACCACCCGUGUAACCAUAAGCUGAGCUCCACAAAAAAUUCCCCUCUCUAUCCUCCAUGGCGACGCCGCUCUCUCACUCCUCCUCAUUCCACCGGUUCCACUCUCUCUCCUCAUUACCCACAUCAUCAUCAUCUUCAUCUUCAACAACGCCUGUAAUUCAUUGCUCUCUCCCCUCCUUCGUCGCCUCUUUUAUUCCGGUACAACUCCCAACGAAACCAGAAAUUCCCUUCUUGUCCGCCUUUUCUUCUUUCAAAAUCCUCCAACCGCCGAUCCAUAUCCCUCUCCAACCAAUUUUACUGUUCAGCGGCUUCGAUAGGCCUGUGGACACUCAGACAUUUCUCGCCACCAUCAGCGUUUUGGCCGCCAUUGCUCUCUCCCUCUUUUUGGGUCUCAAGGGUGACCCUGUUCCUUGUGAGAGGUGUGCUGGAAAUGGAGGGACUAAAUGCGUCUUUUGUAAUGAUGGUAAGAUGAAGGAAGAAACAGGAAUGGUUGAUUGCCGGGUGUGCAAGGGUGCAGGAUUGAUACUUUGCAAGAAGUGUGCAGGUUCUGGAUACUCGAGACGUCUUUGAGUUAGACGAGUAAAUUUUGCAUUGCUAUGUGUUGAUCCCCUGUAUUUUUCAGCCCAGAAGAUGGUUUACUGGAAGCUAAUCCUUAGAAAGGGAAGAUAGGGAAAGUAGAUUCUUUUCUGUAUAUCCAUGCUUUCUUUUGAGUUCUCAUUUCUUCAAUUACAACCAUUUCAGUUCAUCUUAGGGUUGCUUAAUGUGAUCCACUAUUAAAUGCCUCA